UGAGUGGUAUAAAUGUUGAAGCUUCAAGGGUCUGCCUAAAGAAGAGCAGGAUCAACUUGUGAAGGAGGAAGAUAAGUAGAAGGGCCAAAGAGCAAAGUGGAAGAUCAGAUCGAGGGGUCAAAAUCCCUAGCCAUCUCCUUUGAUCCCCUCCGGGCCUGGCAUCUCCAUCUCUCUCCCCCUCACCACAUCUUCUUCACCUCCGGCCGCCGCCACGGCCAGGCUGGCGUGGUGGUGCGCCUCUGCGCCAUCCAUCACCAGCACCACCGUACCCUAGCGCGCCACCAACACCUCCACCAUCACCCUGUGCCUCCAUUCACCACCAUCCACAGCGCCGCCUCAUCACCUCACGCCGCCGCCCAUGCAUCUCCCUGCCACUCCUCCACCUUUCUUCUUCUCCUAACUCUGCUGCUGCCCUUCUACUUCUUCUUCCCGCAUCCCCGCUGCUCUUCUUGUUGCACCCCUGCUGCUCCUCCUUCUCCUCUCUCCAAGCCCCGCUGCUGCUCCCUUCGCCUACCUUGCUGCUCCCUGCCUCUUCUCUGAACCUUUUGCUGCUGCUCCUUCCCCACGAACCUGCUACUGCUCCUUUCUCAACGCUCCUGCUGCUUCUUCUCUCCCACACCUCUUGCUUUUGCUCUUCUCUGAACCAAAACUAUUGUUUCUUUCUCUUACCCCGCUGCUGUUCUCUCCCUCUACUAAUCUUGAUGCAGAUUGUCUCCAACUCGCCUCCCUGCUGAUCUUCUCCAUCACCUACACCAUCUACAGCUACAAGCCUAAAGAUUGACCGAGAAUUAAUCUCUGAAUCUCUCUCUUCUCUUGCUACUGUACUCUCAAUUUUUGUACUGUUCUACUAAGUUGUUUGUUCAGUUUCAGAUUUUUGCUUGUGUAGUGUUAAAUCUGUCAUAUGUGAAUUGUUCUGGGGCAUGUGACUCCCUGUUCUUGUAUGAGUUAAUUAGUUAAAUUGGUCACUUGAGUACUACACUUGUUGCGUAGUCGUGUUGGUUCAAUUUUAGUUACUGUGUUGCUCAAGUACCUGUGAUAUAUGAAUAUGUGCGUUUGAGUGCGAUGUGAAACAAUUGUAUUAUGUCCAUAAUCUUGUUUCUUCCCUGUGUCUUGUACGUACUAGUUAUAUAUACGUAUGUGUGUUCUAGUCUUGUUAAUUCUCUUUGUUCAGAAUGUCUGCCUAUGUAGUUUCUAAUUUCUCAAGCUUAAGAAAAUACCAAAAAGACGAUUAGUAAAAUCUGAAUUUCUCCUUGUUGUUUACGCUUUCUUUGUCCUCAACCCUGUCUAGUUUAGGCUAUUAUUUUCUUGCAAUCCUCUCUUAAAAUUCUGUCACCUAGCUUUAGCUGAGCAUCGUUGCCAUUGCCUGGUCCCUGAGGAGAACACGACAUCCCCAGUUUGGGCAUGAAAAACCCACUGUACUUACCAUCGAUCAUUUUGGCGCCGUUGCCGGGGACUAGAGUCGUGCGACCGUGUUAGGCUAUAGACUAGGUUUUUCUUGUUUUUCCCUUUGUGCUAGAUAUAUGUGAUAUAUCUCUAACCCCUAACCCUUGUUCAAGUUAUUUUCUCUUUCUUUGCUUGGUCAUUCUGCAGGUUAUUGCAUCUUCUCAGAUAUGGCUUACUAUUCAGAUUAUCAUGCUUUUGUCGAGCAACACUACAAACAACACGGAAAGUAUUCAAGACUUGAUAAGUAAGAUUUCCCAUCGAUUAGAUGAUUUAGCUCAGCAGCGAGAAAUAGUUUUUGAGGAUAGGCCUAGCUCUUAUGAUCCUUAUUCUAGAGGCUAUCCUUAUGUUGCUCCUACCUGCCAUAUUUUUGGAUUUCAGGGCCAUUCACCCGCUGAAUGUCAGCGUGGUUACUCUCACCCUCCCGAUUGUUAUGGCAUGAGCUUCGCCCAACAGCCUAGCUCAUACCAAAACAAUUACUCAUAUGGGUGCCUGAAAACCAGAAUAUGUCAUAUAGGAGCAACAACCCUGAGAUCUCAUCGUUUGCCUCUAGUUAUCCAAUGCAGGGAUUUAGGUACAAUGACGAGAGCAACAACUAUGCACCACAACAAUGCGAUUCACCUCCUACUCAUAUACCUCAACACCAGGAGAUGUUGCCAAUGGAGUUAAAUGCUCCUCCAUUUGGUCAACCAACACCUUCAACACAAGUGCCCACACAAGAUGAUUUUGAUGAUAUAGACAAGCUCACAUUGCUUAGUCUCGAGUUCAUUUGGAGUGUUGAAGAUGAUCCAAUGAGGCCGGUGAUACUAGAGGAAAUGAAGGAGAUCAAGAGUGGAAAAGAGCUAGUGGAAGAAGUAAGGAAGAUUGAGAAGAACAUCAACGCUGGUAGUACUAUCUCCUCCCUCCUUGAGCCGAGUGUUGCCGAGAUUCCCCUUGAUACAUGUGAGGUUCCAAUACCGUCACAUCCAGCUGAGCAAGAUAGUAAGCAUCCAGAGGAAGAAAGACCUCAGAUUGAAGAAGAAAUACUUGAAGACAAGGAACAAGAUGAUCCAGAGCUCGAACAACAAAGUGAUCAAGUUGAAGACUCAUCAUCUAUUACUCUUGAAGAAGCAAAAGAAGUUGAUGUGAUUGAAGAUGAAGAACCAGAAAUGCAUUUGCCCAUCGUCCUACAGGAGCGUGAUUUAGCAGGUUCAAGGUGACAUUCCUUGGGACCCUGGUGGACUCAGAGCAUGGGGAUGAGGAGAAGCAAGGGGGCACACACGAAGAAGAGUGAAGCUAGAGCAUCCAUGAGGAAGCAAAAGGAGAAGAGCUGCAGCUUAGAGAGUGAUCAAGCGAGUGCUACAUCAUCAAAGCCCGGUGAGCUGUUUCAUGACCCAUUCCGAGUAUAUCAUCCAUUUAUACAUGCUGAAAUCAAAUGUUAUUUGGGUUGCUUAUUAAUCCAUUUCUUAAAUGUUGCCCCACUGAAUUUUAUUUGACAUAUGGUGCUUCAUGAGAAUAUGCGAACCGAUUGUUGAAUGCCAUGUAAACUAGUGAUCUACAUAUUGCGUGCUUUGCUGAAAUUAGUGAGAACUAUUAGUUUUGAGUGCUCAAGUCCCAAGUACACUAGAAAACUUAAUCAUUUUCUGCUUUUACCUCGAUACACCUAGAUCAUUAAGUGUCAGAUGCUGAGUUUGUGCCUAAUGUGUUCCCAUUCAGAGCAAUCACUUACCACUAUGGAUUAGCAUGCUAUGUUCUCUGGAUCGGUAGCAUGUGAACCAGACCUAGUUGAGUGAUGAUUCUUGUGUUUGUUCAUUAAAAUAGGCAUAUCUUAUAGUGUAUAAUUAUCUGAUCUACCUAACAGUAGCAUGUCAUGUUCCCUGGAUCGGUGUCUUGUGAAAUCUGGUUUGAUCGGAUAGGAGUUAAUUAUAUUAAAAAAUGUAAUUGUUGAACCAGGUGUAUACCAUGUUCUCGGGAUCGGUGGUAUGUUCCUUUGGGGAGACAAACUAAAAAAAUACCAAUAAUUGGUCGAGCCAGGUGUAUACCAUGUUCUCGGGAUCGGUGGUAUGUUCCUAUGGUGAGACUAAUAAAAAUAAUCAUUGCUUUAUUUCAGUAAAUAAGUGAUUUGAUCACAAGAUUUAAUUCAAGUUCCUUUUGUUCUCAAGAUCAUGUUCUCUUUAGGAACCUUUGGCAUAAUCAGCAUUUGAACUUGCUAAUCUUCUUGCAUCAUUGUAAAAGUUGAAAAUGAUCUAAUAGUAUCCUAUUGCUUUGUAGCACUCUUAACCAUUGAUUUUCACUAGCUAAGUCCAAAGCAUGCGAUGUUUGGAGAUCUACUUUACUGGGACAUUCUCUAGUCAGCUCACUGUUCACCAUCUAGCUCUUGUCAUUUGCCUUUACUUGAGGACAAGUAAAGAUUUAAGUGUGGGGGAACUUGAUAAGCACAUUUCAUACACAUAAUUUUGCACUCAAAUAUACUAUAUAUUGUGAUCUGACCAUCAAUCCUUGCUAUGAACUGUUGCAUAUGUGAACGAAAAUCAUUUAAAGAGAUCAUUUACUUGUGACUUGUUGCUUUUGCAGACAAGUGCGAUAAGGCACUAUAAUCGUCAAGAUUCCGUCCAUGUGGAUAUCGAGAUGAGCAUAUGAAAGAAGAGAAGGAAGAGGGACUUGAGUGUGAUAAAUGUUAAAGCUUCAAGGGUCUGCCUAAAGAAGAGCAGGAUCAACUUGUGAAGGAGGAAGAUAAGUAGAAGGGCCAAAGAGCAAAGUGGACAAUCAGAUCGAGGGGUCAAAAUCCCUAGCCAUCUCCUUCGAUCCCCUCCGGGCCUGGCAUCUCCAUCUCUCUCCCCCUCACCAGAUCUUCUUCACCUCCGGCCGCCGCCACGGCCAGGCUGGCGUGGUGGUGCGCCUCUGCGCCAUCCAUCACCAGCACCACCGUACCCCAGCGCGCCACCAACACCUCCACCAUCACCCUGCGCCUCCAUUCACCACCAUCCACAGCGCCGCCUCAUCACCUCGCGCCGCCGCCCAUGCAUCUCCCUGCCGCUCCUCCACCUUUCUUCUUCUCCUAACUCUGUUGCUGCCCUUCUACUUCUUCUUCCCGCAUCCCCGCUGCUCUUCUUGUUGCGCCCCUGCUGCUCCUCCUUCUCCUCUCUCCAAGCCCCGCUGCUGCUCCCUUCGCCUACCUUGCUGCUCCCUGCCUCUUCUCUGAACCUUUUGCUACUGCUCCUUCCCCCACGAACCUGCUACUGCUCCUUUCUCAACGCUCCUGCUGCUUCUUCUCUCCCACACCUCCUGCUUUUGCUCUUCUCUGAACCAAAACUGUUGUUUCUUUCUCUUACCCCGCUGUUGUUCUCUCCCUCUACUAAUCUUGAUGCAGAUUGUCUCCAACUCGCCUCCCUGCUGAUCUUCUCCAUCACCUACACCAUCUACAGCUACAAGCCUAAAGAUUAACCAGGAAUUAAUCUCUGAAUCUCUCUCUUCUCUUGCUACUGUACUCUAAAUUUUUGUACUGUUCUACUAAGUUGUUUGUUCAGUUUCAGAUUUGUGCUUGUGUAGUGUUAAAUCUGUCAUAUGUGAAUUGUUCUGGGGCAUGUGACUCCCUGUUCUUGUAUGAGUUAAUUAGUUAAAUUGGUCACUUGAGUACUACACUUGUUGCGUAGUCGUGUUGGUUCAAUUUUAGUUACUGUGUUGCUCAAGUACCUGUGAUAUAUGAAUAUGUGCGUUUGAGUGCGAUGUGAAACAAUUGUAUUA